CCGUUUGUCGCCGUCGCCGCCGCCGCUGCUGCUGCUGACGCCCCCGGCAGGGAUGACGCCUCUCCCGCGGCGGCGACGGCGAAGACGAAGGAGGCCUUAAAGGGAGCCAGCCCCUCGAGAAGGGAGAAGGGGAAGCCCGGUGCUGCGCAGGAUCCUCCGUCCCCGGCCCUCCCCUUCCCCAUGCUCCCUCGGACUGUCUGGGGCCGGUCUGGGCAGAGCGGGCGCCUCCUUUAAGGUGCUGCCCCCCUGGCUUUUUUCAUGGAUCUGCGGCCCCCCCGGCUGCUUUGGUGGUGCACCCUGAUGGCCGCCCUGGGCAGAGAGGUCCUCGGCCACCACCACGUCUACACCAACACCUGGGCCGUGCGGGUCCCGGCUGGGCCCCAGGAGGCUGAGCGGGUGGCCAGGAAGCACGGCUUUCUCAACCUGGGGCCGAUCAUUGGAGAUUACUACCACUUCUCUCACCGGGCUGUGGCUAAACGCUCCCUCUCCCCCCACCGGUCCUGGUACAGCUCAUUGGCCAGAGAGCCACAGGUGCAUUGGCUGGAGCAGCAGGUGGCCAAGCGCCGGAGCAAACGGGACAGCUUCCUGGAGCCAACAGACCCCAAGUUCCCACAGCAGUGGUACCUGUCGAAUGGCAACCAGAGAGACCUGAACGUGCAGGAAGCCUGGCAACAGGGUUACACCGGCCGCGGCAUUGUGGUCUCCAUCUUGGAUGAUGGCAUUGAGAAGAACCACCCAGACCUAGAAGCCAAUUAUGAUCCGGCUGCCAGCUAUGACGUAAAUGACCAGGACUCCGACCCUCAGCCACGCUACACCCAAAUGAAUGAUAACAGGCAUGGCACUCGGUGUGCAGGAGAGGUAGCCGCCGUGGCAAACAAUGGCAUCUGUGGCGUGGGCGUAGCAUACAAUGCCAAGAUCGGAGGUGUCCGCAUGCUGGACGGAGAAGUGACGGACGCCGUGGAGGCCCGGUCCUUGGGGCUCAACCCCAACCACAUCCACAUAUACAGUGCCAGCUGGGGCCCCGAAGAUGACGGGAAGACGGUGGACGGCCCAGCCCGCCUGGCUGAAGAGGCCUUUUACCGGGGCGUCAGCCAGGGGCGCAACGGCCUGGGCUCCAUCUUUGUUUGGGCCUCGGGGAAUGGUGGCCGGGAGCAUGACAGCUGCAACUGUGAUGGCUACACCAACAGCAUCUACACCCUCUCCAUCAGCAGUACCACCCAGUACGGCAACGUGCCCUGGUACAGCGAGGCCUGCUCCUCGACCCUGGCCACUACCUACAGCAGUGGCAGCCAGAACGAGAAGCAGAUUGUGACCACUGACCUGCGACAGAAGUGCACCGAAUCACACACGGGUACCUCGGCUUCUGCCCCGCUAGCUGCUGGCAUCAUUGCCCUUGCUCUGGAGGCCAACAUGAACUUGACCUGGCGCGACAUGCAGCACCUGGUGGUGCGUACUUCCAAGCCAGCCCACCUGAACACCAAUGACUGGGCCACCAAUGGGGUGGGGCGAAAAGUCAGCCACUCCUAUGGCUAUGGACUCCUGGAUGCCGGAGCCAUGGUGGCGCUAGCCAAGAACUGGACCUCAGUGGGGCCUCAACGGAAGUGCAUCGUUGACAUCCUCACAGAGCCAAGAGACAUUGGGAAGCGGCUGGAGGUGCGCCAGAAGGUGGAUGCCUGCCAGGGAAAGGCCAGCUACAUUGGUCAGUUGGAACAUGUCCAGGCCCGCCUGACCCUCUCCUACAACCGCCGAGGAGACCUGGCCAUCCACCUUGUGAGCCCCAUGGGCACCCGGUCCACCCUGCUGGCUGCCAGGCCCCAUGACUACUCUGCUGACGGCUUCAACGACUGGGCCUUCAUGACCACCCACUCAUGGGAUGAGGACCCCACAGGAGAAUGGGUGCUGGAAAUAGAGAACACCAGCGAAGCCAAUAAUUAUGGAACGCUCACCAAGUUCACACUGGUCCUGUACGGGACGGCCACAGAUCCUCCUGGCCUCUCCAACCAGUUUGAGAGUAGCGGUUGCAAGACGCUUGCUACCAGCCAGGCCUGUGUGGUGUGUGAAGAGGGCUUCUACCUCCACCAAAAGAGCUGCCUCAAGACUUGUCCACCUGGCUUUGCCCCGGGCCCUUCCCCUGUCCCUCUGGAGAACAGCCUGGACCCCCAGCUGAGCCCACUUCUCUGUGUGCCCUGCCACCCCUCCUGUGCUACUUGCCUGGGGCCGGGGGCUGCCCAGUGUCUCUCCUGCCUGGCACAUGCCCACUACAACAGCCAGGAGCAGACCUGCUCCCACCAGACCCAGAGCAGCCGGGCCUCCCCAGCACUGGGGGACGGCGUAGCCCCUGCCAGCAGGCCCUCCAGCCUGCCCGUCCUGGUGGCUAGCCUGAGCUGCUUCUUCAUCGUCCUGGUCUUCGUCACGGUCUUCCUGGUGCUGCAGCUGCGCUCUGGCCUGCGCCUGCGUGGUAUCAAGGUCUACUCGCUGGAGAAUGGUGGCAUCAUCGCCUACAAGGGGCUGCCUUCGGAUGCCUGGCCAGAGGGACCGGAGGAGGAAGAGGAGGAGGGCGGCGGAGAGCGGACUGCCUUCAUCAGAGACCAAAGUGCCCUUUGAUGAGUCAGCGGCCCCUGGCACAACAGGGAAGGAACUGGGGCCGCUGGAGCCUCUGCCCUGGGACCCUUUGCCCCUUUCUGGGCCAGGCCAGUCAGGUGGGCGAGAGGAGGCCUUGAGCUUGUUGCUGGGGGAGGAGUGGCUCUCUCCCUCCCUUGCUCUUGUUUGAACUCACCAAAGUGAUUUUUCUACACUGAGCCAGUUUGCCCCACUGCUGGUGGUAGUGAUGGGGGCUGGAGGGUCAUCUGGGAGAUCCCUUCUCCCUCCCUGCUUGGGGUGAGGGCAGCAGCUUUGCAGAGCUGGGGGCAGAAUAAGACCCUCCUCCCUUCUACGGUCCCUUUGCCACUUGACAAAGGGCAUGCUUCCCCCCCCCCCCGCCUGGGGGACUGUGCCAACCUCACUUGCCUGGCCGGCCGGCUGGCCAGCCGGCCAGCCACCUACCUACCUGCAGCAACAGCCUGAGGUCUCUUCUCUCUCUCAGGCUGGUUCCAAUGUCCCCAGCCUCCCCCUUGCCACAUAUGCCCUUGGUCCAGACAUGCGUCCUCCCCUCAAACCUUGCUGCCCCUUGUCAGGGCAAGUGAGCUGGACUCCUCUUCCAGUGGGCUUGGGAGGAAAGACGGGGAGCAUGGGGCCCCUUGGGCACAACUGUGCAGGGGGUUGGCAGGGGGGGCUGGGGUGCCUCUUGCUGCUGCUGCUACUACAGCCCUCCUCCAGCGUUGCUGCCCCGGCCGAGGGUGACAAGGGACAGGCUGACGACUGGCCACUCGCUUGCGCCUCCCUGAGUCUGCCCAAAGUCACUGGAGCUUCCACCUUUCCUCAUGUGCCUUCUUGCCCCCCCCCUUCCUCUCGGAUGACAAUCGGACGCUGGUCCUGGCUGCCCGCCCCGCCUCAGCCCGCCAGGUGCCCUUUCCUCCGCAGUCCUAGUCCCUGGCCGGUUGGGGGGCUGCCGGAGGGAGGGAGGCGGUGCAGUUGGGGCAGAGUGGUCUGUUCGGGACUCUUUUCUAUGAUAACUUUUUGGUGCACAAAUUAUUGUAAUUUAAACAAGGAGCCAAUUCCUGUGGCCAGUGUUUUUUUAAUUUAAUGGAUGUGGAUAUAACGCUAGAGAGAUUAAAGUUUAUUAAAUGUUGGAACUAUGCAAAA